UGUUGUGUACCAGCCGACCCAAUUAGCUAUUUUAACACACGCCGAAAAACUCAAAGUGAUUUCCAGAAGAUGGCGACCGCACUGGUGGCGUCAAAUUCAGUUUCUGCAAAUGGUGAAAACGAGAAAUGUGAAGCAACCAUUCAAAAGGCUGUGAGUCCUGAAGCAUACAUCAAACAUCCAUUACAAAACAGAUGGGCUCUUUGGUUUUUCAAGAACGACAAAAGCAAAACGUGGCAAGCCAACCUUCGUCUCAUCUCCAAAUUUGACACUGUGGAGGACUUCUGGGCAUUAUACAAUCACAUUCAGCUGUCAAGUAACUUGAUGUCUGGUUGUGACUACUCUUUAUUUAAGGAUGGGAUUGAGCCCAUGUGGGAAGAUGAAAGGAACCGGCGAGGUGGCCGCUGGCUGAUAACUCUGUCCAAGCAGCAACGUAAAUCAGACCUGGACCGGUUCUGGUUGGAGACGCUCCUGUGUCUUGUCGGCGAAGCGUUUGAUGACUACAGUGACGAUGUUUGUGGAGCUGUCAUUAAUGUUCGAGCCAAAGGAGAUAAAAUUGCCAUAUGGACUACAGACUAUGAAAACAAAGAGGCCAUCACACACAUAGGGCGUGUGUAUAAAGAGCGGUUAGGAGUUCCACCCAAAGUGAUCAUCGGUUACCAGUCGCAUGCAGACACGGCCACAAAGAGCGGCUCCACAACCAAGAACAAGUUUGUUGCCUGAGGACCCAAGGAUUCGUCAACCAAGCCUUUCUAUGUUUACAACUAGAUUUUCUGCAAUAUAUUUUUUUUUUUUUCAUGAAUGUAACUGCCAUCUUUGAAAAUGUUGGGAAAACAGAUGAUUUAAAAGGGGGAAAAAAACAAAAAAAAAAAAAAUUGCUUCCUUUUUAGUCUCACUUAGCCAAAGCCUUUAUUUUGUUUUGGAUUGUUUGGCUAAAACUGCAGAGAUUGUAGCACAUGUUUGGGGAAACUUUAAGGUGGUGGUGGGAUGAAGAUGCCUUUUUUCCUUCUUCAUUUGCUGAUGCAACCGCAUAUUUUUGGUAAAAGUUGAUUUUAGUGUAUUCUAGCUAUUUUUGUUAAAGUACUUACCAUUAAAGGCAUUUAAAAUAAAAAGGUGUAGUUUAACAUAAACUGUAGCUGUUGGUGCUGCACAUACUGCUGAGCAAAUUUACAGUAUUGGUGAAGGGGUUUACCAAAGAUUUUUAUGCAGUAAAAGUGUUGGACUAUGUUGAGAUUAAAAUGAACCAAAUCCAAGUAACACAUUGAUGUCAAACUUUUAUUAAGGCUGUUUACAUAGAAGCAGGGCAGCACUUAUGUCUCUGCUGUUGGCACACUUUAGGUGCAGUUAAUUUAUACUCUUGGCUUGUGUGUAAUUAUAUGUAGUCUUAAAAUUGAAAGGUUAAAAAAUGUGUAUAUAUUUUUGGACAUGUGACUGUCUAAAGGUUUUGAAGUUCACACCUUUGUAAUGGAACCAACGUUCACACCAAAAUGUUCCAAGAAGCAAAAUUAAUGUUCAUCAGGAUUUUUUUGAAGCAAAUGUAGUACAUAUUUGUUUUCUUUAACCACAGCAUAUCUUUUGUGCAUGUAUUUUCCAGACAUGCAUAUUAUACAGCAUCUAUUUUUUUUUUUUCUCCUGUAUACACAGCCAGGAUCUGUUCAGUUUGAAAGUUUACUUUUUCACAGGGUGUUCAGUUUAACAAAGGAUACAUGCAAUUUUUCCAUUCCACACUUUUCCAUGGAUAAGACUGUGCCUUUAAUGUAAAACCCUGCCUGAUGUUUCUGAAAUGUACAGAGCAGCAAUGUAAAUAAACUUGUACAGUGACCUGUUAU